AAAUAGUGAGUGACAAUAUUAUUAUAGUGAUGUGUUUUAAAUAAAGAGGGUUAUUUCUUAGUCUCUUGACGCUGCUAAGUUGCAAUAUUAUAGUGAUAAUAUUAUUCUGCUCGGAUAUUGUAUUUUACCCCAGUAAAAGAUUUGAGGGAAGCAAAAGAAAAUAUGCAGCAGCACCUGAUGCAGAUGCAGCCCACGAUGGCAGCCUACUAUCCGACGAACGUCACCACUGACCAUAUUCAACAGUACUUGGACGAGAACAAAUCACUGAUUCUGAAGAUUGUUGAGAGCCAGAACUCAGGGAAACUCAGUGAAUGUGCAGAGAACCAGGCUAGGCUUCAAAGGAAUAUGAUGUACCUUGCUGCUAUUGCUGAUUCUCAACCUCAACCUUCUAGCAUGCAUUCUCAGUUUGGUUCUGGCGGGAUGAUGCAGCCAGGAACACAUAAUUAUCUGCAGCAACAACAAGCACAACAAAUGACAACACAGUCACUCAUGGCCGCGCGAUCCUCCUCAAUGCUCUAUGGACAACAACAACAACAACAAUCACUAUCCCCAUAUCAACAAGGUUUGCAUAGCCAACUUGGUAUGAGCUCUGGUAGUGGAAGCAGUGGACUUCACAUGAUGCAAAGUGAAGCAUCAGGUCACGGCGGAAGUGGAGGUUUUCCUGACUUUGGUCGCGGAAAUAAGCAAGAUAUUGGGGCGCUGUCUGCUGAAGGGCGCGGUGGAAGUUCAAGUGGACAUGGUGGAGAUGGUGGUGAGAAUCUUUAUCUGAAAUCUGCUGAUGAUGGUAACUAAGGGUACAAGUAGUUAAGUUAGUAUUAUGAUAGGACGAACUUAAUUAGGAGCAAGAUUUAGUUUUGCAAGAAUUUUGAAAUUCCUGUGCUAAGUGAUGGACUUGUAAUCUGUGUUGUGUAUUCUAAUGUUGUUGAUCAGUAUGUCUAAUGCAUGAGAAACUGCAUAUGUCAUGUACAUUUGUUAGGUCCUUAAUUUUGGUUUGAUUUGCUUUUCUA